GUCGUGUUAAAACGCAGGUACUUCGUCAUAACAUUUCUACGACACACCUGAAUUUCUUGACGCGUAGAUCAUUGCGCGAUAAAAAAAAAUUCCAUACAAAUUUAAACCAGAGGUGGCUACGGUGACAUAUACCACAAGAUAUCAAAGAUGGAGGUCUACAAAUUCAUAGCGCCUGUUCUGCUAGUUUUGUUUAUCUGUGUUACUAACGCGCUGAACCCGGAUGGAACAUGUGACAGUGACAGUGACUGCCCUCUCUCUUUCUACCACUGCUGUUCCGGAACUAUCUGGUGUUGUCCUUCCGGGUACAUCUGUACCGGAUCAUCAACCUGCCUAAGUAUCGGAGUUAUCGUCGGUCCCAUCGUCGGCCUGGUCGUCCUCAUCGUUUGUGUCGUUGUUUGCUGUGUGUGUUAUAAAAAGAAACAACAGACACAAGGUGUGGUAAUGAGUCCCCAGACAACAACUCAACCUGGGUAUGGACAACCGGCAGCUUACGGACAACCGCAAGGUUACGGACAACCGGCCGCUUACGGACAGCCAGAUCUAUCUGCAAAACAAUAGGAAUAUGGACGGUCAUUGACAACAAUAUCUAUUGAUAUGAACAAUCUUUUUGUUAUUUAUUAUAUAUUGUUCUAAACCUUGAUGUUUUUAUAUGAAGGACAGAGCAAAUUUUACUCCGUCAGUUAACUAGCGUGUAUAUUAUAUAUGUAACAAAUGUGCAAAAUAAUUUUGACAAGUGUGUGUGUGUGUGUGUGUGUGUGUGUGUGUGUGUGUGUGUGUGUGUGUGUGAAAGGUACAUAUUUAGAUGAUCAAAAUGAAAAAGGUAUCUCAAUGUUGCCGGAGAACAUUCUAUCAAACAGAAUGGUGACUACUAGUAUUUCUUUGUUUAUUUUUAUUGUGUGGUUUGUUUUUUUUUUUGUAGUUUUUUUUUUUUUUUUUAAAUUUUUACAUUUUAUGAACUAUGUAGUAUUUUGAUUUGUAUUUUCAUAAUAAAAAGUUUAGAAACCAAA